CAAAAUCCCAAAAUUUGAAUGAAAAAAAAAUUUGAAUAAAAUAAAAUAGACAUCAUUCAAAACAAAAGAAAAGAUGUCGAAUUUCAAUAAAAUUUUCAAUAGCACCACCAUCACUGGACGCGCCAAUGUUGCCAAAGCGACUUACGCCUCUAUCGCUCUGCUCUACUUAUACUAUCGGGUGCGAAAACGUUCACCACCAGCAACCGUUAAAUGCGAGGAUUGUCCGGUGAGCAAUGCACCGCAGACAGAUGAGCAUGACAAGAGUACUACUUGCGAUGCGGAAACUUGGCAGCAUGCAAUUGAGGAUGGUAAGGCGGCAACUAAAACUAGUGAUCACACAACAGCGUUGAUUGGAGAAAAUGGCAUAAGGGUGAAUACAGUUGAUGUUGCUGCGAGUGGAGGUGAUGAUGAGAAGGAUGUGAAAAUUUUGGGUAAUAUGCGUAUGCAACACAAAUAAAAGGCGAAAAGGAAAACAUGCGGUAGCGCUGAUAAUUAACAACUGACUGACGUACAUAGUUCUUAUUUUGUAUUGAAAAUAUAUCUGAUUUUUAAAUAAUAUAUAAUAACAUUUAAUUUGACCAAUUAAUGGCUUA